UAUAUAUAUGUACAUAUCCGAGGAAUCUACAUAUACAUCUUGCGGUCCAAAGUAGAAUUAAUUAAUUAAGGUAGUGAUCCAGAUGAAUAUAGGAUCUGCAGCUGCGACUCUUCCCAGGCGGACAGCCAAUUACAAGCCCAACAUAUGGAAUUACGACCACUUACAUUCGCUUACUACUAAAUACCAUGAAGAGUUGGAGGAGCACUUACGUGAAGCUGAGACACUGAAAGACCAAGUUUGCAGCGAGUUUGGUGUGUUGAAAGAUCCAUUGCAGAAGCUGGAGCUCAUAGAUUGGAUUGAUAAACUGGCUCUUUCCCAUUACUUUGAGGAAGAAAUCAGCAAGUCUGUAAAGGAGAUGGCGUACGCGCAUAGUACUAGUUUGAGCAUGGAUGCUCAUCUAUACUCUGCUGCAUUGUAUUUCAGGAUUCUAAGGCAGCAUGGCUAUCAUGUUUCACAAGAUGGAAUUCUUGAGCUAUUAGAUGGAGAGGAGAAGCUAGUUGCGCAAUGGGACGAUGAGAAAGCCAGGGCUGAAAUAUUUGAAGCAUCCCAUCUGGGCGUGGAGGGUGAAUGUACGUUUGAUCAGAAAUUAAACGACGACGUUGGGAAAAACAAGUAUUCGUGUCAUCGAAAUGUGAGGUGGUUUAACGUAAGAAGGUACAUGCAUGAAAUUAAUAACAAGUCGGUGAUUCAUCGCUUGGCAGGACUCAGCUUUAACACCAUUCAAGUUCAGCACCAGAAUGAUCUCAAGGACAUUUUAAGAUGGUGGAGGAAUCUGGGGUUGUUAGAAGUUCUAACCUUCUCAAGGGAUCGAGUGGUUGAAAGUUUUUUGUGGGCGGUGGGCGUUGCUUACGAACCUCAGCAUGGAAGCCUCAGAAAAUGGCUCACAAAAGCCAUCUUGUUGGUAUUAAUAAUUGAUGAUGUCUAUGACAUUUAUGGCUCCAUGGAUGAACUAGAGCAAUUCACUACUGCAGUUGAAAGGUGGGACCCGAGUGAAAUUGAACAGCUUCCUGAAGCAAUAAAGAGAUGCUUUUGGAUGCUGUAUGAUACUGCAAAUGACAUCGAUCGUGAAAUCCAAAAAGAAAAGGGCUGGACCUCAGUUUUACCUCAUUUGAAGAAAGUGUGGAUAGGAUUUUGCAAGGCAUUGCUUGUGGAAGCAAAGUGGUACUGGAUGGGCGAAUCUCCAUCUCUUGUGAAAUAUCUGGAGAACGGGUGGAUAUCAUCGUCCGGCCCUGUGCUCUCUCUUCAUGUACUGCUCGGCGUCGGCCGCGGCAUGGAUGAAGCCGUGGCGGCUUUCGAUACCAACCAAGAUAUCAUCCACCACGCCUCCCUCAUUAUUCGCCUUUGCAAUGAUCAAGGAACUUCUAAAGCGGAAGUGGAGCGAGGCGAUUCACCGUCUUCAAUCUUAUGCCACAUGAGAGAGGCAAAUGUGAGAGAGGAAGAAGCUCGCGCCCAUAUUGGAAAGCUCAUAUCGGAUUCAUGGAUGAGAAUGAAUGGGGCGUUGAUGAGGUGUCCUCGUCCCCAGCAGAGCAUGAUGAGAUAUAUAGUCAACACUGCAAGGGUUGCUAAUUUCAUUUAUCAAAAUGGAGAUGGAUUUGGGGUUCAAGAUCGAGACACCAAGAACCAAGUCUUAUCCUGCUUGAUUAAGCCACUGCACCUCUCUCAAUAAUCACUUCUCAAUUAUACGAGAAAUUUCACAUUAGAUUAAAUCGUUGAAUCUUCGUUCUAUCUUUGCCUGAAAGUAUUUAUGAAUAUAGAUGCAUGAAUUGAUCAUUAAUGUAUGAUUUCGGACAUUAAAAUAAAUAAAUGCUUUAUUAACAAAACCCCAAAUUUUC